AUGACAUCUCCUACCCUGAACGUGGGCCUGGCCUGUGCCUGGCAUAACAAUGGGUAUUAUCGCAUCUUGUUGGAUUUUCUUGCGUCAGUAUCCAGCGCAGCGGCACAAGGCCUCGGAGAUCUGGUCACAAUCUUCCUGCUGGAAAGUCGCAUGCUGCGACCUACAUACGUUCUUUUGCGAGACGUCAAACGACUGACAUGUGUUUCAAAAUGGCCCUUUUGCCAAGUUUCUACAUACAUGCAAAGCAUCCGCCGUGGUUGGUGGAAUCCUCUGCUGUGUCUCUUGCCGCGUGCCGUCUUUCUCUUCCACAUGACUGGUGGGAUAUGCGGAUGUCUUGACAUGAAUGCGGCGCUUCUGCACGUCAAAGCAAGACUAUGCGACUUUUGCAGCGAGUGGACUGGACAGCUUCAAGCCACAAUAUGGACCGGCUCGACACUUGCAUGGCCUUCCUUCGUGCUGAGACGUGAUACCGUUGCAUGGACAGAGCCAUACUCUUCCUCUACCACGCAGUAUCAGAAGAUAUGCACGGCUCCGACCACGGCUAUGCAGAUUGGUUUGAGCCUGCAAACACACUUCUGCAUUUGUGCCCAAACGAGCUGGAUCUUGUUGGCCGAACAUUCUCGUCUCGAACAGCGCGAGUCUUCAUGCAGCCGCGUUCACGUAGAGCACCAUGCUUCAUACGAUUUUCAUAGACGAGACUACGAAUCACAGCGUCGACCAGGCUACAAAGCGGCUGUCCUUAUAAUGAGGCAGAACCCAAGCCACACCGGCCACCCACCAAUUUCUAUACCUAAUUAG